CCUCUGUCUCGCUCCGCAGCCAUUGGGUCUCCUCCACAAUGAUAUCCCGAGCGUCUGCUCCCUCUGCUGCGUCCGUCGCUCACCUUUCCUCCCGCUCCCUUCGAUCCCAGGCUGUCCGCUCGUUUGCGACCGUCCAGGAGGGAGCACCUCCAGUACACCAUCAUGGCGGCUUAAAGGACCAGGACCGCAUUUUUACAAACCUGUACGGCCACCAUGGCACCGAUUUGAAAUCUGCGAUGAAAUAUGGCGAUUGGUACAAGACCAAGGAGAUUGUUUUGAAGGGUGAUGACUGGCUCAUUUCGGAACUCAAAGCCUCUGGUCUCCGUGGUCGUGGUGGUGCUGGGUUCCCCUCGGGAUUGAAAUACUCGUUCAUGAACUUCAAGGGUUGGGAUAAGGAUCCUAGACCCCGUUAUCUGGUCGUCAAUGCCGAUGAGGGUGAGCCAGGUACCUGCAAGGACCGAGAAAUCAUUCGGAAGGACCCCCAGAAGCUUAUUGAGGGUUGCCUGGUCGUCGGUCGUGCGAUGAAUGCCAAUGCUGCCUACAUUUACAUCCGUGGCGAAUUCUACCAUGAAGCGACCGUCCUCCAGCGUGCCAUCAAUGAGGCCUAUGAAGCCGGCUUAAUCGGCAAGAAUGCCUGUGGAACUGGAUACGACUUUGACGUUUACAUCCACCGUGGAAUGGGCGCCUAUGUUUGCGGUGAAGAAACUUCCCUCAUUGAGUCCCUGGAAGGAAAGGCAGGAAAGCCCCGCUUGAAGCCGCCAUUCCCCGCUGCUGUCGGUUUGUUCGGAUGUCCUAGCACAGUCACCAACGUCGAGACGGUCGCCGUCACGCCUACUAUCAUGCGUCGUGGAGCCAGCUGGUUCUCGUCAUUUGGUCGUGAGCGUAACGCAGGCACUAAGCUGUUCUGUAUCUCCGGCCAUGUCAACAACCCGUGCACCGUCGAAGAGGAAAUGUCGAUCCCCCUCCGCGAGCUGAUUGAGAAACACUGCGGAGGAGUCAGGGGUGGUUGGGAUAACCUCCUUGCUGUAAUUCCUGGCGGUUCCUCGACACCCAUCCUCCCGAAGUCUGUCUGCGACAAUCAAGUCAUGGACUUUGAUGCCUUGAAGGACUCCCAAUCCGGUCUCGGUACCGCCGCUGUUAUUGUCAUGGACAAGUCCACCGACGUUGUUCGCAGCAUUUCCCGUCUUUCAUCCUUCUACCGCCACGAGAGUUGCGGACAAUGCACCCCUUGCCGCGAGGGAAGCAAAUGGACGAUGCAGAUGAUGCAGCGCCUCGAGAAGGGCCAGGCCAAGCAACGCGAGAUUGACAUGCUCCAGGAACUCACGAAGCAGGUUGAGGGACACACGAUCUGUGCUUUGGGUGAGGCUUUUGCCUGGCCCAUCCAGGGUCUGAUUAGACACUUCCGACCUGAGCUUGAGGCUAGGAUCAAGAAGUAUGAAGAGGAACUUGGGAACAAGGAACCUUUCGCUGGUGGAUGGAAUCCGGAUAGCCGGGCUGAGGGCAAAUCCAUCUCUCCUGGCAUGUAAGGAAGAAGCAGCUGCCGAAAACAAAAUUUUGUAGAGUUGCGAGCAUUUCAUGCAACGCCGUCCAUAAUGCCAUGAGCCGGGAUUGAUCGGGUUUUCAUUUCCCUAAACAUUUCCUUUGUAUCUUUCUUCGUUACCUUUACCCUUUUCUUUUGAUGAUUCUUCCUGUACAGUCUUCUCUGGUAGCAAUUCAUUGGUGUCUUCGUCGUCAAGCUGUUGAUAGUGAGCGUCCUUAUAGAAGUUUGAUAAUGCAAGAUGGAUGUGGAGACAAGUUAGGUUUGAAGAAAAAAAUAUUAGAACUAUCUAG